GGUGCUGUGCCUUUUCUGGGAUCCAUGCUGCCAUGUCUUCCAGGACAGGAAAAAGGGUGGAUGGAAAUCGAGGCAUCAAGAUCCAAUUCCUGCUUGCCAAGACUGAGGUUGGUUUCGACGGCAUGCCGGGGACAUAUCGAUGCACUGCAACUGAAUGUUCGAGCCCGUCCAGCCUUCCUGCAGAUUGCCAGUUUCACAUCCGCCGACCGUGUG